AUGGCGGACAAAUGGACAACCCCUGUCGCAGUCGUGGGUGCUGGCCCAGUCGGCUUAUUCACCGCGUUACGUCUUGCAAAGGCAGGUAUCAAAGUAACAGUCUUUGAGAGUGGGAGCGGUAUUGAUCAGUCUCCUCGAGCAGUCGCUUACUUCCCAGCAGUCUUAGAGGAAUUCUCGAAGGCGGGUAUUCUCGACGAAGUCGUCGCCGCAGGCGAAGUCAACACGGAAGGAUGUGAGUGGAGAGAUGGGAAUGGAGGCGUGAUCUACGAACUCAAUGCACCUCCAAACGAUCCCAACUUUGUCGUUUGCUUGUCACAGCCAGAGUUUUGCUCGGUGGUCCUGGAAGCUCUUUUGAAGACUGGCAAUGCUGAGGUAUUGUUCAACCAUAGUUUUAAGAGACUGGAGCAGGGCAAUGAGUCCGUAAGUUACUGGAUCCAGGACCAAGCCAACAAUGGCGAAGUGCAAGGCACGUGCCGUUAUCUCGUUGGAACAGAUGGUGGCCGCAGCACCGUGAGGAGGUCUAUUGGUGAAAGGCUCGAGGGCUAUACCUGGGAAUCACUACAAUUUAUUGCCGUCGACUUCCAGUACGCUCUCAAAGAACAUGGCUGGAAGCCAGCAAGCUACAUCGUGGACCCGGUAAAUUGGGGUAUCUUUGUCAAGCGAGGAAAGGGUAAAAGCUGGCGAUUUGCAACAGGAGUUAAAAAGCAAAAGUCCGAGAGGACAGAUACGCUCGAUGAAGCCACUAUCAAUGUGGUCAAGGAUCGACUCGCUCAUCUCCUCCCUGGAGAGACGAGCAACAUCGUGUUCGAGCGUUUUGCACCAUACACGAUCCAUCAGCGCUGCGUUGGUCGCUACCGAGUGGGUAACGUGUUACUGGCCGGAGACUCUGCUCAUCUCAACAAUCCUGUUGGCGGCCUCGGCCUCACGACUGGCCUCCUAGAUGCUGCUCAUCUUUCUGGGGCCUUGCAGCAAAUCCUGCUUGAAGCGGGAAGCCCGGAUUUACUUGACAUAUAUUCUGAGAAAAGACGUGCCAUCUUCCGCGACCUUACAGAUCCACUCAGCACCGAGAACGCAUUGAGACUCAUGUCCGAGAAUCCGAUUCACGUGCAGAAGCGUGACGAACUAUUCACCACAAUGCGAGACCCUCGAGGAUUUCCUUCCAUAAUUCAGACUGGAUUGGCGGAUUUUGCGCUCAGCUCAACAUCCAGCACAAGAUUUGACACAGUUCAAGAGGUAACAUGGUUUAUAUCUGUCACCAAGCCUGACGGGUGGGCCAAUGAUAAGUUCCAACACGAGUACAAGACCGUCCAUCGCAGCAUGACGAAGUCGGCUGCUGAACAUGGCGUACCUAUAAGUCAAUACGUACAGCUACCAAACGCUAUUGUUGGCCUGCAAGACAUAGAGCGACCUGAGUGGGACUAUGUGACUUGUCUCACAUUUCCUAGCUUGUUCGUGCUCCACGCCGGUUUCCAGAAUGCCAAUUAUCGUGCUACGGCCGGUGAACACAUCUUUUGUAAGCUCGACCAGAAGGGCUGUGUUGCCCGACAGGUGGGCAAGUUUGUCCGUGGAGGAGUAGUGAAGAUUGGUCGAGUUGGUGCCAUACGCGCACUAAUCUUCCACAAGAGGAAAACUGGGACUGACGAGUACUUGGAACCAUGGUUUCAAGAGCGGGUAGCCAAAGGCACACUCCUUGCGGCCAGGGAUUCUAAGGUUAACGCGUACACUUUGUGGGAGGAUAUGACGCCGAAAAGCACCGAGUAUCUCUUUAAAGACACCCAGUUCGCUGCUGGAUCAUGGGACGGCUACAAGGCAAUCGAGGCAUUUGAUAUCGUGGAUGAAGCUAGCGCUGCGGCUUUCCUCGAGCGAAAUAGGCAGGAAAUCGUUGGGGAAUCACCGGAGAUGAUCACGAUUGUUGUCGGAUCGCCUGAUGUGGUUUUCUAG